GGAGAUAAGUUUGGUAUUGCUAUCAAUGUUUUACCUAAAUAAUGCUUGUGUUGAUGAGUUGGUAUUCUCAAAUCUUCAUUCCUCACUUAUUCUGAGGCAGCACUGUACAUACUUGGGGCACAUGAGAGCUGUGUUUGAAUUCUAGGUGGGCUGUCAUGUGGAAGAAGCAGCAUUAACUCUGUCCUGAUGACCCCCCGGGGCAGAACUAGGCUGAAGUGGGUGAAAGUAGCUAAGAGGCAAAUAUAGGCCUGAGGUCCUUAUGUCAAGCUUCUGUUGGAUGCUAUGAAGCGUUCUGGUUGCACCGUGUACAGAGAGAGACACUUUUCUUGUGAAGAUUGUAAUGGAAAUGUCAGCGGAGGUUUUGAUGCUUCCUCAUCCCAGAUAGUGUUGUGUCAGAAUAAUAUCCAUAAUCAGGCUCACAUGAACCGGGUGGUCACUCAUGAACUAAUCCAUGCAUUUGAUCAUUGUCGUGCUCACGUCGACUGGUUUACUAACGUCAAACACUUAGCCUGUUCAGAGGUUCGAGCGGCUAACCUCAGUGGAGACUGCUCACUUCCCAAUGAAAUGAUCCGAUUUAAUUUCGGAUUAAAACAGCACCAUCAGACUUGUGUCCGAGACAGAGCCCUUCGCUCCAUUUUGGCUGUUAGAAAAGUUAGCAAAGAAGAUGCGCAGAAGGCUGUCGAUGAAGUUUUUGAAUCCUGUUUUAAUGACCAUGAGCCUUUUGGAAGGAUACCACACAGUAAGAGUGAUGCAAAGCAUGCCCAUCGAGACUUUCAGAACCGAGACCGCUAUAACUCAAAUGUAUGAAGACCGUGGGUAUCGUCUUGUGUGCAGUAACUACAGUGUUCAUGGAGAAAAUAUGGUUCAUAGACUGACAUGUUUAAAUAAAAAUUAACAUGUAAGUAUGGAUCCACGUACAAGAGAGGUAAAUUCUGUUUGUUGGUCAGAGAAAUGAAUAGAUAGGCAGAAAUGAAACUGUCUUGGAUUUUUGGAUAUUUUUAAGCCUCAAGGCAGAGACUUUUUGCCUUUUCAGAGGUUAGUAUUUGUGAUAUCACCUUCUAAUGGCAAAUAAAUGAGAUUUGAAUAUUUUCUACA